AUUACAUGCAGAGUUUAAUUUUUGUGGUGAAACUAAAUUGACUGCAGACGACGUAACAAAAGUGAAAAUUGACCAACAGAUGAUAAAUAUUGCGCCAUUGACUGAAUUUAUUAACUUAAAGGAAUUGGAACUGCAUUUGAAUUACGAGCAUGCCUUCGCAGAUUUUGUAUCUUUUCACGGGUGCAUUAAGUUCACGAAUGUUACUGCUUUGGAAAUUUAUGGACCUUAUGGUUCUACUGUGACCCUAACACAUGCCGAUAAAUUUUUCCGAAAAUUUCCGAAUUUGGAGUCGUUAUUUGUAGAUGAAUGGGUUCUAACAAAUGAAGAUUUUUUGGCGAUUUGUCAAUUUAUGCCGAAAUUAAAAUAUUUAUUUAUUGAAAGCUCUGAGAUAUCCGUCGAAACUCUUUUUGAUCUCCAUAAUUUUUCGCUAAAAGACCUAAAAUCACUUGAGUCACUUUCGAUCAAAACUAAAUUUGAAAAUCUGUACUUUUUUCAACCUUCAUGGCCAUCUUUACCUAAUUUAAAAAGCGUUAACCUGCAAGGAGAAGGAUUUCGCUGCCUUACACAAUGUUUUUUCACACAAAUAGUAGAAAGAUCUCCACGAAUAGAAAACUUGGAAAUUUUUUAUGCGUACGACUCGGAGGAGUAUAAUCACUCAAAGUUUUUGCCGAUACUUUCUCGUUUAAACUUAAAGGAUCUAAUUCUUCCUGGGGAAGGUGGAAGUGCUACAUCGACUCAAAACACGAAAUUGGUUGAUUCUGUAAUCAAGCAUUGCAAAAAUCUGACGUUUUUCGGAAUUCACGAUGUUAACGGGUUUUCUCUGGCACAAGAGAUUCAAUUGUUCAAGAAUUUACCAAAACUUAAAAUAAUUAAUUCUGAUUCAAUGGAUGAUAAUCGUUACUAUUGUAGAUAUAUGGAACGCAAAGACUUUGUAGAUUUGAAGGAAUAUUUGGCUAAAUAUCUUUAUAAAUACAAAGACAUGACUGGAACGAUUGCUUACUUGUACAACCAUCAGAUUCCUCUUCCAGAGCGCAUUCAAAUUGAGAAGGAUUUUGAUACCAAAUACGACGAAGAUGACUUGAAAAUAUGGUAUACUGUUUUACGUGGUUACCUUAAUAUGAACGAUUUGGAUUUUUGUCGUACUUUGAAAUUUCAUGUGCACUAAAUCUUUUUUGUUUCUUUUCGCAUAUU